AUGCUUCACCAAGGCCACGCUGGUGAACAGACACUCGAAAAGAAGAAGAAGAAGCGCGGACCAGCCCGGGCCUAUCAGUUCGGAAACACGAUCAUCGUGGAGGACGAGGACGGUGAGCUUAUCAAGAAGUACGAGAUUCCGCCGGACAGGUCGAAACAGAGCGAAAAGCCUGCGGUCAGCGAGAAGAUCCGUCAUCGCUUAGUGCGCAUGGGAUCGUAUCUUGGUAUAUCCUACGGUGAGACCAAAACCGGAUCAAACGAAAUGGAGGUCGCUAGCGAAAGCAGUGAUGGUACUAUCACUACAAAUCCGCCGGGCCAACAGCCGCAGACUGUCACAGCCCACAAGCAAUACCCCCAUGGUAUCGAUGAUACACAGAAAGAUGAUGCCAACCCCUCUACCGGCGGUCAGGUUGUCAUCCAGGAAAUUGAUAGGGAUGUUCUUGAGGUUGAAAGCCCGAAGAACAUUUCCAGCGGCCACAACUCCAAUUCUAGCCCCGGUUCCAGUGUUAAGGAGCUCCCUAGAAGCCUGGAAAACAGGCAAAAGCGCGACAGGCUCCGCGAAGAGGAGAUUAAGGACGAACCAAUGAGCUGGCGCGCUCGCUUGGAGCUCUCGUCGAGCGACGGUUCCUUGCCCUCGGCCAACGAAGAGAACCACGACAGCCUGUCGACCUGGCGCGCGCUCUUGGGGCUCUCAUUGAGCGACGAUCUCUUGUCCUCGGUCAACGAAGAGAACCACAACCGCUUGCAGCAACAGCCGAAGGACCGCGCGAGAGACCUGAGCGAGGAAGAAGACUACUCCGAACGAGACCCCCGCUUCUUCGAUGAGGAUGACAUCCUCGAUACUCGCCUUACAGACCACCAAACAAGGCAAAUCACUCAUCUGGGCCGCAUGGGACGAAUAUGUCUGAUCCUGGACCUAAUAGAGCAGAGACAACUCCUACGGAAUUUCAUCCGGUUGAAAGUCGCCGACGACUCGUUGCCGCUACUGCUCCCAAUACUCCAAAUCAUGUUGCCCCCCAACAAGGAUGGAGAAGGCGUAGCAGGGCUUUUCUUCACUGAGCAGUUCCGCGCCGUGUCGCGAGACUGGAGCAACGGGGCACACCACGUAAUGCACCGGCGGGAAGCUCUCCCAUUCCGUCCCCUCCGCUCCAUCGGCUUCGGCUCGCAAGGGUCGAUCGAUGAGGUCCAGCUUCCCGACACGAAAGAAACAUGUGCGAGGAAGAAGUGGAUCGCGGGCGCCAACCUGCAGAAGAUAACGGCGCGCUUCGACGACGAAGUGAAGAUCAUCAAGAAGAUCGCCGCGCACCCGCACAUCCUGGAGCUCCUGGCCAGCUACACGCGGGGACGCGAGUUCGGCCUGCUCCUACCGGUGGCCGACUGCGACCUUUGGCACAUCCUCACGAUGAACCCUUCGGAGAGAGAGGACAUCAUCCCGAACCAGAGGCUGAUAAAAUCGUGGGGCUGCCUAAGCUCUGGACUUCUGUUCAUGCACGACAAGGGCAUCAAGCACAAGGACAUCAAGCCGCGGAACAUCGUCCUCCGCCAGGGAGACUUCCAGUUCACCGACUUCGGCCUCUCCAAAGACGUUUCCGACCUCUCGCACUCCGUCACCGACGGCGCUGAUCGCGGCACUUUCAGAUACAUGGCGCCCGAGGUCACCGAGUACCAACCUCAAGGGCGUGCUGCCGACGUCUUUUCCUUCGCCUGCGUCCUAUUCGAGAUUUUCAGUGCCUGGGGAGGCAUCUCGGUCGACGAUGCCGAUAGCUUUUCCGCGCUUGCGCCAUUCCAUAAGAACUUGUCGGCAAUCCACACUUGGAUAGGGGAAUUUGCACCGAUAACCCCCCUGAAUCUCUUGCGAUACAAAAAAAGCAAGAGCAUUUUCGGGGCCAUGUUGACCCACAACCCAGUGGACCGACCCCAAAUGCGUGAUGUGGUAUUCAAAAUGACCAUGGUUUCUUAUCCUGGGGACUUGUUCUGCAGCAGAUGCCUCGACGUGGCCCUAAGGCGCUCUAAUGUGCCUGAGGUGCCAAAUAUGCCUGAGGUGCCAAAGGUGUCUAAGGUGCCUAAGGGUAUGAGAUUCAGGUCGUUCGGCUCGAUGUUUGCCUAG